GAGCUGUCAGUGAGAGGCGGUGGUUAAAGAACGGUGGAGCGGGUGCGGCGGGUUCAGUGCUAAGUCACCGAACUCAGCGGUCGGAAGAGUCCAGCAGAGCUGCGAUUAUCUCUGCUGCUUUCGGUCAGUAGCGGGGAAGAAUCCUACCACCAGCAGCCAUGUCCGAUUCGGGAGGCGGAGGCGGCGGGGGGGGAGGCGGCGGCGGCGGCGAAGAUGGCGGGCUGGAAGUGACCGGCUCUGCCGUGCAGAAUGUGGCGGAUGUCUCGGUGCUGCAGAAGCACCUGCGCAAGCUGGUGCCGCUCCUGCUGGAGGACGGCGGGGAGGCGACCGCCGCGCUGGAAGCGGCGCUGGAGGAAAAAGGCGCCGUGGAGCAGAUGCGUAAAUUCCUCUCGGACCCGCAAGUCCACGCCGUGCUGGUCGAGCGCUCCACCCUCAAGGAGGAUGUUGGUGAUGAAGGAGAGGAAGAAAAAGAAUUUAUUUCGUAUGGUAUAAGCACUGACAUUCAUUAUGGGAUAAAGUCCAACAGUUUGGCAUUCAUUAAACGAACACCAGUAAUCGAUGCAGAUAAGCCUGUGUCCUCACAGCUCCGAGUUCUUACCCUCAGUGAAGACUCUCCUUAUGAAACAUUGCAUUCCUUCAUUAGCAAUGCUGUUGCUCCCUUCUUUAAGUCCUACAUCAGAGAGUCUGGCAAAGCAGACAGGGAUGGUGAUAAAAUGGCUCCCUCCGUUGAGAAAAAAAUUGCUGAACUGGAAAUGGGGCUUCUGCAUCUGCAGCAGAAUAUUGAAAUACCAGAGAUUAGCUUGCCAAUUCAUCCAAUUAUUACCAAUGUUGCUAAGCAGUGCUAUGAGCGUGGAGAAAAGCCAAAGGUUACUGACUUUGGUGAUAAAGUCGAAGACCCAACUUUUCUCAAUCAGCUGCAGUCUGGAGUUAACCGGUGGAUUAGAGAGAUCCAAAAGGUGACCAAACUAGAUCGGGAUCCUGCAUCAGGCACUGCUUUGCAAGAAAUCAGCUUCUGGCUGAACUUGGAACGUGCUCUGUACCGUAUUCAAGAGAAGCGUGAAAGCCCUGAAGUCCUCCUAACUUUAGAUAUCUUGAAACAUGGCAAACGUUUUCAUGCUACAGUCAGCUUUGAUACAGAUACAGGUCUAAAACAGGCAUUGGAGACAGUAAAUGACUACAAUCCAUUGAUGAAAGACUUCCCUCUAAAUGACUUGUUGUCCGCUACUGAACUCGAUAAAAUAAGGCAGGCUUUGGUUGCAAUAUUCACUCACCUGAGAAAAAUCAGAAAUACAAAGUACCCUAUUCAAAGGGCACUACGCUUAGUAGAGGCCAUUUCGAGAGACCUGAGCUCCCAGCUACUCAAGGUGCUGGGGACACGAAAGCUGAUGCAUGUUGCCUAUGAAGAAUUUGAGAAGGUCAUGGUUGCAUGCUUUGAAGUCUUCCAGACUUGGGAUGAUGAAUAUGAGAAACUGCAAGUGUUGCUGAGAGACAUUGUGAAAAGAAAGAGAGAAGAGAAUCUGAAGAUGGUGUGGCGUAUCAAUCCUGCUCACAGAAAGCUGCAGGCUCGUCUUGACCAAAUGCGGAAGUUUCGACGCCAACAUGAGCAACUGAGAGCAGUUAUUGUGAGAGUGUUAAGACCUCAGGUGACUGCAGUGGCCCAGCAAAAUCAGGGAGAGGUACCUGAACCCCAGGAUAUGAAAGUAGCAGAAGUGCUGUUUGAUGCUGCUGAUGCUAAUGCAAUUGAAGAAGUAAACCUUGCUUAUGAGAACGUUAAAGAAGUAGAUGGUUUGGAUGUUUCCAAAGAAGGCACAGAGGCCUGGGAAGCUGCAAUGAAGCGAUAUGAUGAAAGGAUUGAUAGAGUUGAGACACGCAUUACUGCUCGCCUAAGAGACCAGCUGGGCACAGCAAAGAAUGCCAAUGAAAUGUUCAGGAUCUUCUCCAGGUUCAAUGCUCUGUUUGUCAGGCCCCAUAUCAGAGGUGCUAUCCGUGAAUACCAAACACAAUUGAUCCAGCGUGUGAAAGAUGACAUAGAGUCACUUCAUGACAAAUUCAAAGUGCAGUAUCCACAAAGUCAGGCUUGCAAAAUGAGUCAUGUUCGGGACUUGCCUCCAGUAUCGGGCUCUAUAAUCUGGGCUAAACAAAUUGACAGGCAGCUCACAGCCUACAUGAAGCGUGUUGAAGAUGUCCUUGGAAAGGGUUGGGAGAACCACGUGGAAGGCCAAAAGCUGAAGCAGGAUGGAGACAGCUUCCGCAUGAAGCUUAACACUCAAGAAAUAUUUGACGAUUGGGCCAGGAAGGUUCAGCAGCGUAACCUUGGUGUCUCUGGCCGCAUUUUCACCAUUGAAAGCACCCGUGUUCGAGGCCGAACAGGAAAUGUCCUCAAGCUAAAGGUCAACUUCCUCCCAGAAAUAAUAACCUUGUCAAAAGAAGUCCGUAACCUCAAGUGGCUUGGUUUCCGUGUUCCUCUUGCAAUAGUCAACAAAGCUCACCAAGCAAAUCAGCUCUAUCCUUUUGCUAUUUCUCUGAUAGAAAGUGUCCGUACAUACGAACGGACCUGUGAAAAGGUGGAAGAGCGGAACACCAUUUCCCUCUUAGUUGCAGGUCUGAAGAAGGAAGUGCAGGCUUUGAUUGGGGAAGGCAUUGCUCUGGUGUGGGAAUCGUACAAACUUGACCCAUAUGUCCAACGACUGGCAGAGACGGUCUUCAACUUCCAGGAAAAGGUGGAUGACUUGCUUAUCAUAGAGGAGAAAAUAGACCUGGAAGUCAGAUCCUUGGAAACUUGCAUGUAUGAUCACAAAACCUUUUCAGAAAUUUUAAACAGAGUUCAAAAAGCUGUGGAUGAUUUGAAUCUUCAUUCCUAUUCCAACUUGCCCAUCUGGGUUAAUAAGCUAGAUAUGGAGAUUGAGAGAAUCCUGGGAGUUCGUCUGCAAGCUGGGCUGAGAGCAUGGACACAAGUACUACUUGGUCAAGCAGAUGACAAAGCAGAAGUUGACAUGGACACAGAUGCUCCACAAGUCAGCCAUAAGCCAGGUGGAGAGCCGAAGAUCAAAAAUGUUGUGCAUGAAUUGCGAAUAACCAACCAGGUAAUCUACUUGAAUCCACCAAUUGAAGACUGCAGAUACAAACUCUUCCAAGAACUAUUUGCUUGGAAGAUGGUAAUACUGUCACUCCCUAGAAUCCAAAGUCAAAGAUAUCAGGUGGGUGUACACUAUGAGUUAUCAGAAGAAGAAAAAUUCUACCGUAAUGCAUUGACACGGAUGCCUGAUGGCCCUUCAGCACUUGAAGAGUCUUACUCUGCAGUCAUGGGGAUUGUAACAGAGGUUGAACAAUAUGUUAAGGUUUGGCUCCAGUAUCAAUGUUUAUGGGAUAUGCAAGCUGAGAAUAUCUACAACCGCCUUGGAGAGGACUUAAAUAAGUGGCAAGCACUCUUGGUUCAGAUAAGAAAAGCCAGAGGAACCUUUGACAAUGCAGAAACCAGGAAAGAAUUUGGACCUGUUAUCAUAGACUAUGGAAAGGUGCAAUCCAAAGUAAACUUGAAGUAUGAUUCCUGGCAUAAGGAAGUGCUCAGCAAAUUUGGUCAAAUGCUGGGCCAAAACAUGACAGAAUUCCAUUCUCAAAUUUCCAAGUCACGUCAAGAGCUGGAGCAGCAUUCAGUAGACACAGCUAGCACAUCGGAUGCAGUUACAUUCAUCACAUAUGUGCAAUCACUGAAACGCAGAAUCAAGCAAUUUGAGAAACAAGUUGAGCUAUACCGUAAUGGCCAGCGCUUGCUUGAGAAGCAGAGAUUCCAGUUUCCUUCAUCCUGGUUGUACAUUGAUAACAUUGAGGGAGAAUGGGGUGCUUUCAAUGACAUCAUGCGUCGAAAGGAUUCUGCCAUUCAGCAGCAAGUAGCAAACCUACAAAUGAAAAUUGUUCAGGAGGAUCGAGCAGUGGAGAGCCGCACAGUUGACUUGUUGACAGACUGGGAGAAAACAAAGCCUGUAACAGGUAACCUGCGUCCAGAGGAGGCUCUCCAAGCGCUUACCAUCUACGAAGGAAAAUUUGGGAGGUUGAAGGACGACCGUGAGAAGUGUGCAAAGGCCAAGGAAGCUCUAGAACUUACAGAUACAGGACUGCUCAGUGGUAGUGAAGAACGUGUUCAGGUUGCUUUAGAAGAGCUGCAAGACCUUAAAGGAGUCUGGUCUGAACUUUCUAAGGUCUGGGAACAGAUUGAUCAAAUGAAGGAGCAACCUUGGGUUUCAGUACAACCCCGCAAGCUUCGACAAAGUUUAGAUGGUUUAUUAAACCAACUGAAAAAUUUCCCUGCUCGCUUACGGCAAUAUGCCUCCUAUGAAUAUGUUCAGAGACUCCUGAAGGGUUAUAUGAAGAUAAACAUGCUGGUGAUAGAGCUCAAGUCAGAGGCUCUGAAAGAUCGUCACUGGAAACAACUGAUGAAGAGGCUGCAUGUGAAUUGGGUGGUUUCUGAACUAACCCUGGGACAGAUUUGGGAUGUUGAUUUGCAGAAGAAUGAACUGAUUGUGAAAGAUGUGCUGCUUGUAGCACAGGGAGAGAUGGCCCUGGAAGAAUUCUUGAAGCAGAUACGUGAAGUGUGGAACACGUAUGAGCUGGAUUUGGUUAACUACCAGAACAAAUGUCGAUUGAUUCGUGGAUGGGAUGACCUUUUCAACAAAGUCAAAGAACACAUCAACAGUGUUUCUGCAAUGAAGCUCUCUCCAUACUACAAGGUGUUUGAAGAAGAUGCCCUUAGCUGGGAAGACAAGCUGAAUCGUAUCAUGGCACUCUUUGAUGUCUGGAUUGAUGUCCAGAGGCGCUGGGUUUACCUGGAAGGCAUCUUCACUGGUAGUGCUGAUAUCAAGCAACUGCUGCCUGUUGAAACACAGAAGUUCCAAAGCAUCAGUACAGAGUUCCUGGCCCUCAUGAAAAAGGUGUCCAAAUCUCCUCUGGUCAUGGAUGUUUUGAAUAUUCAGGGUGUACAGAGGUCACUGGAAAGAUUAGCAGACUUGCUUGGAAAGAUCCAGAAGGCGUUGGGAGAGUAUCUGGAGAGAGAGAGAGCUUCUUUCCCUCGGUUUUACUUUGUUGGCGAUGAAGACUUGCUCGAAAUCAUAGGGAACAGCAAGAAUGUAGCUAAACUGCAGAAACACUUCAAGAAGAUGUUUGCUGGAGUGUCAAGUAUCAUCCUUAGUGAGGACAACUCGAUUGUGCUGGGAAUAUCUUCCCGUGAGGGAGAGGAGGUGCUGUUCAAAACUCCUGUGUCAAUCACUGAGCAUCCAAAGAUUAAUGAGUGGCUCACACUUGUUGAGAAAGAAAUGAGAGUCACCCUUGCCAAACUGCUUGCUGAGUCUGUCACUGAAGUUGAAAUCUUUGGCAAAGCAACCUCUAUUGAUCCAGCUACUUACAUCUCCUGGAUUGACAAGUAUCAGGCGCAGCUUGUUGUCCUGUCAGCCCAGAUUGCCUGGUCAGAAAAUGUGGAGUCUGCUUUGAAUGGCAUGGGCGGAGGAGGUGACAGUACUCCUCUGCAAUCUGUGCUGACCAAUGUUGAAGUCACCCUGAAUGUGCUUGCCGACUCUGUGUUGAUGGAGCAGCCGCCUCUCCGCAGAAGAAAACUGGAGCACCUGAUCACUGAACUGGUCCACCAGAGAGAUGUUACGAGAUCCCUGAUUAAAAGCAGAAUUGACAACUCCAAAUCCUUUGAUUGGCUGAGCCAGAUGAGGUUCUACUUUGACCCUAAACAGACUGAUGUACUGCAGCAACUGUCCAUUCAGAUGGCAAAUGCCAAAUUCAACUAUGGCUUUGAAUACCUUGGUGUUCAGGAUAAACUGGUACAGACUCCUCUUACUGAUCGCUGUUACCUGACCAUGACACAAGCUUUGGAGGCCAGGCUGGGAGGCUCUCCAUUUGGGCCUGCUGGAACUGGUAAAACAGAAUCUGUUAAGGCUCUUGGACACCAGCUUGGACGAUUUGUUCUCGUUUUCAACUGUGAUGAAACAUUUGACUUCCAGGCAAUGGGCCGCAUCUUUGUGGGUCUCUGCCAAGUGGGUGCAUGGGGCUGCUUUGAUGAAUUCAACAGGCUUGAGGAGCGAAUGCUUUCUGCUGUCUCUCAGCAGGUCCAGUGCAUCCAAGAAGCCUUGCGAGAACAUUCAAAUCCGAACCACGAUAAAUCUGCCAACCCCAUUACCUGUGAGUUGCUGAACAAGCAAGUGAAAGUAAGUCCAGACAUGGCAGUCUUCAUCACCAUGAACCCUGGCUAUGCCGGUAGAUCAAAUCUCCCAGACAACUUGAAGAAACUGUUCCGGAGCUUGGCCAUGACGAAGCCUGACCGUCAACUGAUUGCCCAGGUCAUGUUAUAUUCCCAGGGAUUUCGGACAGCUGAAGUGCUCGCCAACAAGAUUGUCCCAUUCUUCAAAUUAUGCGAUGAGCAGCUCUCCUCUCAAAGCCAUUAUGACUUUGGUUUGAGAGCCCUGAAGAGCGUUCUGGUCAGUGCAGGCAAUGUGAAGAGAGAGAGGAUUCAGAGGAUAAAACGGGAGAAGGAAGAGCGUGGCGAAGUUGUUGAUGAAGGAGAAAUUGCUGAGAACUUACCAGAACAAGAGAUCCUGAUCCAGAGUGUCUGUGAAACAAUGGUACCCAAACUGGUUGCAGAAGACAUACCGCUGCUGUUUAGUCUCUUGUCCGAUGUAUUCCCUGGCAUUCAGUAUCACCGUGGAGAAAUGACUGCCCUGCGGGAAGAACUUAAGAAGGUCUGUCAGGAAAUGUACCUAACAUACGGCGAUGGAGAAGACAUUGGCAGCAUGUGGGUUGAAAAGGUUCUUCAGCUCUACCAAAUUACCCAGAUCAAUCAUGGCUUGAUGAUGGUGGGCCCUUCUGGAAGUGGAAAGACCAUGGCUUGGAGAGUGCUUCUGAAAGCACUGGAGAGACUGGAGGGUGUGGAAGGCAUAGCACACAUCAUCGAUCCCAAAGCGAUCAGCAAAGACCAUCUGUACGGCACUCUGGAUCCCAACACUAGGGAGUGGACAGAUGGAUUGUUUACGCAUGUCUUGAGAAAGAUUAUAGAUAAUGUGAGAGGGGAGCUGCAGAAACGACAAUGGAUCAUCUUCGAUGGAGAUGUGGAUCCCGAGUGGGUUGAGAAUUUGAACUCUGUUUUGGAUGACAACAAGCUGCUGACACUGCCAAAUGGAGAACGUCUGAGUCUUCCACCAAAUGUCCGCAUCAUGUUUGAAGUUCAAGAUUUGAAAUAUGCUACUCUGGCCACAGUAUCUAGAUGUGGCAUGGUUUGGUUCAGUGAAGAUGUUCUAAGUACUGACAUGAUUUUCAAUAACUUCCUGGCCAGACUGAGGAGCAUCCCUCUGGACGAAGGUGAAGAGGAAGCUCAACGUAGGAGAAAGGGCAAAGAAGAUGAAGGGGAAGAAGCGGCUUCCCCAAUGUUGCAGAUUCAAAGAGAUGCAGCAACAAUAAUGCAGCCAUACUUCACAUCUAAUGGGCUGGUGACAAAGGCACUUGAACAUGCUUUCAAGCUGGAGCACAUUAUGGACCUCACACGCUUGCGCUGUCUUGGCUCUCUCUUCUCCAUGCUGCACCAGGCUUGCCGCAAUGUAGCACAGUACAAUGCCAACCAUCCGGACUUCCCAAUGCAGAUAGAUCAGCUAGAACGCUACAUCCAGCGAUACCUAGUGUAUGCGAUCCUAUGGUCAUUCUCUGGAGACAGCCGCCUGAAAAUGAGAGCAGAGCUGGGUGAAUACAUCAGAAGAAUCACAACUGUGCCACUGCCUACUGCACCAAAUAUACCUAUAAUUGAUUAUGAGGUCUCAAUAACUGGCGAGUGGAUACCCUGGCAGUCAAAGGUUCCACAGAUUGAAGUUGAGACUCACAAAGUUGCAGCUCCUGAUGUUGUGGUGCCCACUCUAGACACUGUUCGCCAUGAAGCAUUGCUAUAUACUUGGCUUGCGGAGCACAAACCACUGGUCCUGUGUGGCCCACCAGGGUCUGGAAAGACCAUGACGCUCUUCAGUGCACUCAGAGCUUUGCCUGAUAUGGAGGUGGUUGGUCUGAACUUCUCCAGUGCUACUACUCCAGAGUUACUCCUGAAAACCUUUGACCACUACUGCGAGUACAGGCGUACACCUAAUGGUGUGGUGCUGGCUCCUGUUCAGCUAGGAAAAUGGCUGGUGCUCUUCUGCGAUGAAAUCAACUUGCCAGAUAUGGAUAAAUAUGGCACGCAGAGAGUCAUAUCCUUCAUCAGACAGAUGGUGGAACAUGGAGGUUUUUACCGUACAUCAGACCAGACGUGGGUAAAACUGGAGCGAAUUCAGUUUGUUGGUGCAUGUAACCCACCUACAGAUCCUGGAAGGAAGCCUCUUUCCCAUAGAUUUCUGCGCCAUGUUCCUGUUGUGUACGUGGACUAUCCUGGACCAGCUUCCCUCACUCAGAUCUAUGGCACUUUCAAUCGUGCUAUGUUGCGGCUCAUUCCAUCUCUCCGCACAUAUGCAGAGCCUCUCACUGCAGCUAUGGUUGAGUUCUACACAAUGUCACAGGAAAGGUUUACUCAGGAUACACAGCCGCACUACAUCUAUUCACCCCGUGAAAUGACUCGAUGGGUGAGGGGUAUCUUUGAAGCUCUGAGACCAUUAGAAACACUGCCUGUCGAAGGCCUCAUUAGAAUUUGGGCACAUGAAGCCUUGCGUCUUUUCCAAGACAGGCUUGUGGAAGAUGAGGAGAGAUGGUGGACUGAUGAAAACAUUGACAUGGUAGCUCUGAAACACUUCCCCAACAUAGACAAAGAGAAAGCAAUGACGAGACCCAUUCUGUAUAGCAAUUGGCUAUCAAAGGAUUAUAUCCCAGUUGAUCAAGAAGAGCUAAGAGACUACGUAAAAGCCAGACUGAAGGUUUUCUAUGAAGAAGAACUUGAUGUGCCACUUGUCUUGUUCAAUGAAGUCUUGGACCAUGUGCUAAGAAUUGACAGAAUCUUCCGUCAGCCUCAGGGACACUUGCUUCUUAUUGGUGUUAGUGGCGCAGGAAAAACUACUCUCUCGCGAUUUGUGGCUUGGAUGAAUGGCUUAAGUGUCUACCAAAUUAAGGUGCAUAGAAAGUACACUGGUGAAGACUUCGAUGAAGAUCUGAGAACAGUAUUGAGACGAUCCGGCUGCAAAAAUGAGAAAAUAGCAUUCAUAAUGGAUGAAUCAAAUGUACUCGAUUCUGGAUUCCUGGAGAGAAUGAAUACUCUUCUGGCCAAUGGAGAGGUACCUGGUUUGUUUGAAGGAGAUGAAUAUGCCACACUGAUGACUCAAUGUAAGGAAGGAGCCCAGAAAGAGGGCUUGAUGUUGGAUUCGCAUGAAGAACUUUAUAAAUGGUUCACCAGCCAAGUCAUUCGUAAUCUCCAUGUAGUCUUUACCAUGAACCCAUCUUCUGAAGGCUUGAAGGACAGAGCAGCUACAUCUCCAGCCCUCUUCAAUAGGUGUGUCCUGAACUGGUUUGGAGACUGGUCAACUGAAGCACUUUAUCAAGUUGGCAAAGAGUUCACCAGCAAAAUGGACCUAGAAAAGCCUAACUAUAUUGUGCCAGACUACAUGCCAGUUGUCUAUGACAAGUUGCCACAGCCACCAUCACAUAGGGAAGCCAUUGUGAACAGUUGUGUGUUUGUUCACCAGACUCUUCAUCAGGCUAAUGCUCGUCUAGCCAAACGAGGUGGCAGGACAAUGGCCAUCACUCCUCGUCAUUAUUUGGACUUUAUCAACCACUAUGCCAAUUUAUUCAAUGAAAAACGGAGUGAGCUGGAAGAGCAGCAGAUGCAUUUGAAUGUUGGUCUUAGAAAGAUCAAGGAAACUGUUGACCAGGUGGAAGAACUGCGCCGCGACUUAAGGAUAAAAAGCCAGGAGCUGGAAGUCAAGAAUGCAGCAGCUAAUGAUAAGCUGAAGAAGAUGGUGAAAGAUCAACAAGAGGCUGAGAAGAAAAAGGUUAUGAGCCAGGAAAUCCAAGAGCAGUUGCACAAACAGCAAGAGGGCAUUGCAGACAAGCAGAUGAGUGUGAAGGAAGAUCUGGAUAAAGUAGAACCUGCAGUCAUUGAGGCUCAAAAUGCUGUUAAAUCAAUAAAGAAACAGCAUCUGGUAGAGGUCCGUUCUAUGGCCAACCCACCUGCGGCAGUGAAGCUGGCACUAGAGUCGAUCUGUCUGCUCUUGGGUGAAAGCACAACUGAUUGGAAACAGAUCCGUUCCAUCAUAAUGCGGGAAAACUUCAUCCCAACCAUUGUAAACUUUUCUGCUGAGGAGAUCAGUGAUGCCAUUCGGGAGAAGAUGAAGAAGAACUACUUAUCAAAUCCAAGUUACAACUAUGAAAUUGUGAACAGAGCAUCUUUGGCCUGCGGCCCAAUGGUAAAAUGGGCAAUUGCACAGCUGAACUAUGCUGACAUGUUGAAACGAGUAGAGCCCCUGAGAAAUGAGCUGCAGAAGCUGGAGGAUGAUGCCAAAGACAACCAGAAGAAAGCCAACGAAGUAGAGCAGAUGAUUAGAGACCUGGAGGCCAGCAUUGCCCGCUACAAAGAAGAGUAUGCUGUGCUGAUUUCCGAGGCUCAGGCUAUAAAGGCGGAUCUGGCUGCUGUGGAAGCAAAAGUAAACCGUAGCACAGCUCUCCUGAAGAGUCUGUCUGCGGAGCGUGAAAGGUGGGAAAAAACCAGUGAAACUUUCAAGAACCAGAUGUCCACCAUUGCAGGAGACUGCUUGCUCUCAGGAGCCUUUAUUGCUUAUGCCGGUUACUUUGACCAACAGAUGCGUCAAAACCUGUUCACAACGUGGUCUCAUCACUUGCAACAGGCAAAUAUUCAGUUCCGUACAGACAUUGCCAGAACCGAAUACCUGUCCAAUGCAGAUGAACGCCUUCGCUGGCAAGCAAGUUCCCUCCCUGCAGAUGACCUGUGUACAGAAAAUGCAAUCAUGCUCAAGCGAUUUAACAGAUAUCCCCUGAUUAUUGACCCCUCGGGGCAAGCUACAGAGUUCAUCAUGAAUGAAUAUAAGGAUCGUAAGAUCACUCGUACCAGCUUUUUAGAUGAUGCUUUCAGGAAGAAUUUGGAGAGCGCCUUGCGAUUUGGUAAUCCUCUCCUUGUCCAGGAUGUGGAGAGCUAUGAUCCUGUGCUGAAUCCUGUGCUGAACCGUGAAGUCCGUCGAACUGGAGGUCGAGUUCUUAUUACUCUGGGAGAUCAGGAUAUUGAUUUGUCGCCAUCAUUUGUGAUUUUCCUCUCCACCAGGGAUCCAACAGUUGAGUUUCCACCAGACCUCUGUUCCCGUGUGACUUUUGUCAACUUCACAGUAACGCGUAGCAGCUUACAGAGCCAGUGUCUAAAUGAGGUACUGAAAGCUGAAAGACCAGAUGUGGAUGAGAAACGCUCUGAUCUCCUCAAACUUCAAGGUGAAUUCCAGCUGCGUCUGCGGCAGUUAGAAAAGUCUCUUCUCCAAGCCCUCAAUGAAGUGAAGGGACGAAUCUUGGAUGAUGACACCAUCAUUACUACACUGGAGAACCUGAAGAAGGAGGCAGCUGAGGUUACCAGAAAAGUGGAAGAAACUGACAUUGUCAUGCAAGAGGUGGAGACUGUGUCUCAGCAAUAUCUCCCACUUUCUACUGCAUGCAGCAGUAUCUAUUUUACAAUGGAGUCGCUGAAACAGAUACACUUCUUGUACCAGUACUCCCUCCAGUUUUUCCUGGAUAUCUACCACAAUGUCUUGUAUGAGAACUCAAAUUUGAAGGGAAUUACUGACCAUACCCAGCGUCUUUCCAUCAUCACAAAGGAUCUCUUCCAGGUGGCUUUCAAUAGAGUUGCUCGUGGCAUGCUCCACCAGGAUCACAUAACCUUUGCUAUGCUGUUGGCCAGAAUAAAACUGAAAGGCACUAUUGGGGAGCCCACCUACGAUGCAGAAUUCCAGCAUUUCUUGAGAGGGAAAGAAAUAGUACUCAGCAGCACAACUCUCCCCAAGAUCAGUGGCCUGACUGUAGAACAACUAGAAGCCAUGAUGAGGUUGAGCUGCCUUCCUGCAUUUAAGGAUUUGGUUUCUAAAGUUAAAGCUGAUAAUCAAUUCUGCAUUUGGCUAGAUAGCAGUUCCCCAGAGCAGACUGUACCGUAUCUGUGGACAGAAGACAAACCUGCCACACACAUUGGGCAGGCCAUCCAUCACUUGCUUCUGAUCCAGGCUUUCCGUCCUGAUCGCUUACUGGCAAUGGCACAUCAUUUUGUUUCCACAAACCUUGGAGAAAGCUUUAUGUCUAUUAUGGAACAGCCUUUGGAUCUGGCUCACAUCGUGGAUACAGAGGUGAAGCCUAAUACACCUGUACUGAUGUGCUCUGUACCUGGCUAUGAUGCCAGUGGGCAUGUUGAAGACCUUGCUGCUGAGCAGAACACGCAGAUCACCUCUAUUGCUAUUGGUUCCGCUGAAGGAUUUAACCAAGCAGAUAAGGCAAUCAAUACGGCAGUGAAGUCGGGCAGAUGGGUCAUGCUAAAGAAUGUCCACUUGGCACCUGGAUGGCUGAUGCAACUGGAAAAGAAGCUACAUUCUCUUCAGCCUCAUGCAUGCUUUAGACUCUUCCUUACAAUGGAGAUAAACCCAAAAGUGCCAGUGAACUUGCUGCGUGCUGGAAGAAUCUUUGUGUUUGAACCACCCCCUGGUGUGAAGGCCAACAUGCUGAGAACCUUUAGCAGCAUUCCUGUCUCUAGAAUGUGCAAGUCACCAAACGAGCGUGCUCGUCUCUAUUUCCUCCUUGCUUGGUUCCAUGCCAUCAUUCAAGAGCGUCUGAGAUACGCUCCUCUCGGCUGGUCAAAAAAAUACGAAUUUGGUGAAUCUGAUCUAAGAUCUGCAUGCGAUACUGUGGAUACAUGGCUGGAUGACACAGCAAAGGGCCGCCAGAAUAUCUCUCCUGACAAGAUUCCAUGGUCUGCUCUGAAGACUCUGAUGGCUCAGUCAAUUUAUGGAGGACGCAUUGAUAACGAAUUUGACCAGCGCCUAUUGAACACUUUCCUGGAACGCCUCUUCACCACUUUAAGCUUUGACAGUGAAUUCAAACUGGCUUGCAAGGUUGAUGGGCAUAAAGACAUUCAGAUGCCAGACGGAAUCAGGCGUGAAGAAUUUGUCCAGUGGGUUGAACUACUGCCAGAUACACAAACCCCAUCCUGGCUUGGGUUACCGAACAAUGCUGAAAAGGUUCUUCUCACCACGCAGGGUAUUGAUAUGAUCAGUAAAAUGCUGAAAAUGCAAAUGUUAGAAGAUGAGGAUGAUUUAGCCUAUGCUGAGACUGAGAAAAAGGCACGAACAGACUCCACCUCAGACGGCCGGCCAGCCUGGAUGCGAACAUUGCACACUACUGCUUCCAACUGGCUCCACCUCAUCCCGCAGACACUGAACCAUCUGAAACGAACCGUGGAAAACAUUAAGGAUCCUUUGUUCAGGUUCUUUGAGAGAGAAGUGAAGAUGGGAGCCAAACUCCUUCAGGAUGUUCGUCAAGAUCUUGCAGAUGUUGUUCAAGUGUGUGAAGGAAAGAAGAAACAGACCAACUAUCUGCGGACACUUAUUAAUGAACUAGUGAAAGGCAUCCUGCCUCGUAGCUGGUCUCACUACACAGUGCCAGCUGGUAUGACGGUUAUACAAUGGGUGUCAGACUUCAGUGAACGCAUUAAGCAGCUACAGAAUAUUUCCCAGGCAGCUGCUGGUGGUGGAGCAAAAGAACUAAAGAACAUCCAUGUAUGCUUGGGAGGUCUGUUUGUACCUGAGGCCUACAUUACUGCUACAAGGCAAUAUGUGGCUCAAGCCAACAGCUGGUCCCUUGAAGAACUCUGUCUGGAAGUCAAUGUUACAACAACUCAGAAUGCAGUGCUGGAUGCCUGCAGUUUUGGAGUAACAGGGCUGAAGCUUCAGGGAGCCACAUGCAAUAACAACAAGCUGUCCCUUUCCAAUGCUAUCUCAACAGUAUUGCCCAUAACUCAGCUCCGCUGGAUCAAACAGACAAAUGCUGAUAAAAAGUCUAAUGUGGUGACAUUGCCAGUUUAUCUGAACUUCACUCGUGCUGAUUUGAUCUUCACAGUUGACUUUGAAAUUGCUACCAAGGGAGACCCUCGGAGUUUCUAUGAACGUGGCGUGGCUGUUCUGUGUACUGAGUAGAAAGUAGCCUAUAACCAGCAUAGAGACACUUUUGCGUCUGUAAUCCAAUUCUAGAAAGCUGUUUUUAACAUUGCAAGGGAAAGUUAAGUUGUCAAAUGGUUAUGUAGAGGACACUAAGGUUAAUGUAUUUGAAAAGGGGCUCGAUGCUGACUGUUGGACUGCAUGGAACAGUUAAAUUGUCAGAUGGCUGUGUAGAGGUGACUAAGACUGAUGUAUUUAAAAGGUAACUAGAAGUUGACUGCUAGGAGGGUUUGGUUUUAGGUGGUUCUAGAGUGAUGUACUGAUGUUGGAUUAAUGCUUAAAUAAAACUUCACAGCAUGA